UAUCGAAUGUUGUUGUACCCAAAUCUUGCAAGAAAAGCCAGAACAUUCAGGCAUAAAGACAGUGAUCUUGAUAUAUUUGAUGAUAACAACCUCAGACAAAGGUAUAGAUUCAGUAGGGCAAGCAUUGAGUACAUUACUGACCUAAUUAGAGACCAAUUGGAGAGACCAACUAAAAGAAGUCACAGCUUGUCCCCAGAGCAGCAGGUGAUGUUGGCCCUGAGGUUCUAUGCCACAGGAUCCUUCGUGCAGGUGAUUUCCGACCUGCAAGGUUUUGACAAAGGAACAGGCAGCAGAGUUAUUGUCAAAGUAACCAAUGCUCUUGCUGGACUGAAGGAUCGGUUCAUUAAAUGGCCUAAUGACGAGGAGAGGGAAGUAAUUCACGCUGGGUUCUAUGAAAUGUGCCAAUUCCCUAAUGUGCUUGGAUGUUUGGAUGGCACGCACGUCAAGAUACAAGGUCCAUCUACACCCCAAUGGUACCGUGAACUGGAGAAUGCUGGUCCAAGGCCUACCUAUGAAUCAACCUUUGUCUGCAGAAAGCAAUAUCACAGCAUAAACACUCAAGGCAUUUGUGACCACAAAGGGAAACUAAUUAACGUUGUAGCAAGAUGGCCAGGAGCAACUCAUGAUUCCCACAUAUUUAAAGAAAGCCAAAUUGGGCAGCACCUGUCAGAAAACAACCAAGGCAUGAGAGAAGGAUAUUUGUUAGGCGACUCCGGCUACCCGUGUAAGCCAUUUCUGCUCACACCAUACCUCAGACCGACGACACAGGCGGAAAAGCGAUACAACACAGCUCAGAAGAAGACGCGAAACUCCAUAGAACGUUGUUUUGGGACAUUGAAGCGAAGGUUCCACUGUCUUCAUGGUGAAAUCCGCAUGCGCCCUGAACGCACUUGCAAGAUUAUCAUUGCUUGCUGUGUAUUAAACAACAUUGCAAUAGACAGGAGAGAGCCCCUGCUAGGGCGUCCACGGCGGGAACCACACGAAAGACAUGUCUACCAGGGCCCCCACGAUGGACUUGCUGUGCGCAGAUUUGUGACAGAACGAUUCUUUCAGCAGUAG